GUCACAUCCCUCCAAUAGAGUUCCAGACAGUUGUAGAAUGUAUGCCAAGGCACAUUGUAAGAGCUGUAAAGAGAGAGGGAGUGGAGAGAGAACAGGCAGAACCUGAUAUGUAAAUGAGCAGAGCAAACAAAAGUAACUUUCGACGACCGAAUGAUCAUUCAGACUCUGUUUCUAUUGAGAGAUAAAAGACAAUCAAGGAUUAUCUCCCAUGGAAAACACACAUCUUCUUCUUCACAAGAACAAGGUACAUAACGAGAGUAUCUUUAAACUGUGACACAAAUCACAGGUGUGUCACCGCCUUAACAAUCCGUCCGUGGAGAGCUCCCUUCGGAUGGUGGCCAUUCCCCAGAGGGAGUUUGUUCCCUUCGUCUCCCUGUCGAAAGACUUCAGGAGAAAUAGUUGGAAGCACCCCCGUGGAGAGGCCAGUACCAAGUUCUUCUGACCACCCCCACUGUGGUAAAGGUUGCUGAGAGAGAUACCUGGACCCACCUGUCGCACUGCAGUUCCUGAUCCAGAAGAAGAUGGGGUCUCACCAGUUCCUGAUCCAGAAGUAGAUGGGGUCUCACCAGUUCCUGAUACAGAAGUAGAUGGGGCUUCACCAGUUCCUGAUCCAGAAGAAGAUGGGGUCUCACCAGUUCCGGUGGUGCAGUGUUGCCCUCCUCUGCGUUAGCACAGGAAUGCUAAUAAGAACAGUAGGUUGUCCUCUUGUGGAAAAACUGACAGAGGGUGAGAUAAGUCCCGAGCCAAAGGGGCCAAUGCAGGCCCGGAGUAGUGGCCCAGAAGUAAAUGGUAAUGACAGAAUGAGUCCUGAGUUAAAGGGGCUAUCACCGGCCCAGAGUAGUGGCCCAGAAGUAGAUGGUAAUGACAGAAGGAGUCCUGAGCCAAAGGAACCAACGCAGGCCUGUAGUAGUGGCCCAGAAGUAGAUGGUAAUGACAGAUGGAGUCCUGAGCCAAAGGGACCAACGCAGGCCUGUAGUAGUGGCCCAGAAGUAGAUGGUAAUGACAGAAGGAGUCCUGAGCCAAAGGAACCAACGCAGGCCUGUAGUAGUGGCCCAGAAGUAGAUGGUAAUGACAGAAGGAGUCCUGAGCAAGAGGGACCAAUGCAGACCUGUAGUAAUGGCCUAGAAGUAGAUGGUCAUUGUAGAAGGACAGCCCUGCUGGGACCUCACCAACAUGAGGACAAUUUGUUCUUAUCUGGAGCAGAAAUUGUUGCCAACCUGACUUCCAAAGAAAAGGACUGUUGGGUGUGUGGGAUGGGUCCGGUUAAGGUAGGGGCAGGCUUGCCACUUAUGGGAGUCCCAAUAGGGGUAAACUUUACUAUAGCAUUGGCAGGAAAAAUACCUUUUAAUACUAUGACCAACAAUGUUAAGGUAUAUAAUCAACCCAAUGUAUCCUAUUACCUGAGACCUGGUAAUGUCACAAUCCCACCCAUUUCAGUGGCUGGGGUGAUGACUGCCCCUUGGUGUAUUAGAGGAUAUGGAGACCACCAUUUGGGUGAAUUGAAAUGUAAUUGUACUAUGAAUCUUAAUGGAUCAAAUGCUUGCAAUUUAACAGUAAUACAGGAGAAUGGUCAGGCAGAUAAGGAACCAUUUAAAAUGUGGGUUGACAAACAUAGUACAACUCUGAGAGGAGCCCCAAAUGGCACCUAUUGGCUGUGUGGUAAGAUGGCUUACUAUAGCCUGCCCUUGAACUGGGGAGGUACUUGUACUGUUGGGUUUGUGGUGACAGCUAUGAGAACCGUUCCAAAUAAUGAGAGGGAUCUGAUGGCUCUGUUUAGAGACUACAAACUUCCUGGAAUGAGGAGAGAUAAGAGGUCUCUAGCUGACGUCACUCACGCUCAGGCACCUGCCUCCAGGUUCUUUGGUGUGUUUUUCUCUGCGUAUGGAGUUGUAUGUGCCCUAGACCAAAUGCAUGACAUCUCUAGACACAGAGAGAAAAUUGGCAAUGCUAGUAGAAAUGCCCUGAAACAAUUGAAUGGGGAACUAAAAGAAUUGCUUAAGUUAGCUCUACAAAACAGAGAGGCUCUUGACUAUCUUCUGGCAGGUCAAGGGUGCACUUGUGUAAUCAUUGGCGAUGAAUGUUGCAUUUUUGUUCUCCCAGAUCACUCUUCUAAUGUGACUGGUCUUGCAGAAAACAUUGCCACUGCUGCUAAGACAAAUUCCCCAAAGCCAGAGUGGAUGCUUGCAACUUGGUUGGAAUCCCUGUUUAGAAGUUGGGGUUGCAGCGGUGGCUGGGCUGCAGCGUGCAGAGUUUUUUGCUUAGUUUGCCUGAUUAUUAUUAACUAUAUAUUAUUAUUUUUAUAAGGCUAUCUGUGCCUCCUAAUAGUAAAGGCUAAUAAGAUCUCAGCAGCUUUCAUGUUUAAUGCUCCUUUCAGAGGACGAUGGGACUGAUGAGCUGUGGACUCUGGAUGAGCUUCCAUUUCCCCCUGUAGAGAAGGAUGAUGAGUAAUGAUUGAAGGUUGUUUUCGUUUAACAAAGUUAGAAGGUAAUGUCAUUGAAAAGACAGCACCAACUUUUGAAGGGGUGUCCACAUACUUUUGACCAUGUAGCGAACAGUGGUUCGUUUUUUUAAAGUUGCAGCAUACUGCAGCACAGCUUGCAUGGUGCCGCAGAAUUCUAUGGCACGUUAUUUAAGUGUCAGCCACUGUAACCAUUAAUGCUAGUUAGUGCUAGUUUGACCAGCAGAGGGUGUCUUUGAGAAUAAUUUGAUAGCCUUCAAUAGUGGCUGUACUAGAGCAUUUAUAACCUUUUUUGUAAGAACAUAGUAUACGGAACUGAUUUUAAGAAAUUUUUCUUAAUUAAUUUGAUUAAUAUUAUGCUGCUUCUAUUCCAAGAAAAAUGAAAAACCCUCUGGGUUUCCGUUAGGAUGGAACAGAAAAUAUGGCGCUGUACAACACUCUAAUUGUAUAAUUGUAGUCUAACCAAAACCCAAACAGAGAUUCAAUGAAAAUAAAAAUCUCAUUGACUAAUCAAGACCAGUCCACAUGCUUGUCUCAGAGCAGCGAAAACGGCGGGUAGGCUAUUGCUUCAAAUCCUAUUGCUUCUAACAAUAUGCUCCUUAAAUAAAUGAGACCUACACCACUUUUAACAGCACAAUACUCAACACUAGUGAGACUCAUGUCGCCUACGGUAGACCUACAGUAUAUCAGAAAAUAUUUUUGUUCAAUGACGUGACUGCCAAUAAUUACAUAUGGGUCUCCCGGUGGUGGCCGGCACAGGUUUCAAACCUGCAUCUGUAGCAAUCUGCAUCUGUAACAACCUGCAUCUGUAGCAACCUGCAUCUGUAGCAACGCAUUUUACACUGUGAUGUUGUGUCUUAGACUGCUGCGCCACUCGGGAGGCCCCAUCCAAUCAGGAGGCCCCAUCCACAAAGUAUCAAAAUACAGAGAGGUGUUGGUAAAGGUAUAUUGUCCUGCUAACAGCCCAUAAUGGGCUAUUAUAACACUGUACAUGGUGUCCAGGUCAGGAUAAUCUAAACAUUUCUUUAUUAAAGACUAUCAGAAAGAAUGUUGGUACUUAUUUAUUUUGAUCCAAAGCCAUGAAUGAGGUGCCGGGGCUAUAUAACUGUCCCAUCAACUUGAUAAUAUAUAAUGAUAUUUUGGAGAUUAUUUCAUUUUCAAAAAAAGAAUAUCAUGGAAUAUAAUUGAGCUUUUUAGUUUCUCCAUGCUUGUCUCAUAGCAGCAAGAAACGGUGCUGAAAUAGCAUCACUCUAAUCACAGUCAGAAAACAGUUGAAGAAACUUGCGUGGACUUAUGGAAAGUCUCGGUAAGACAUGUUACAUAUAUAUAUAUAUAUAUAUAUUUAAGUUUGGCUAUUUACAAGCAAAAGGUACAUAAAAUAUUGUUGCCUACACCUCACAGCCUGCUAUAGUGUUUACACAAUAAUUCACUGUUGCCUCCUUUUUCAGGAAUCAUGGCUCGAGAUUUCUUUGAGGAAGAAAUCAUCAAAUCAUAUGCUGGACCCUAUGUCAGAGAGGUGUUUCUGGGCCAACAUAAUUUAUUUCAUUUUUAAUGUAUUUUUUCUCGU